GAUAGUCCGCGCCAUACUGGGUAAAAUCCGAUUUGGUGAUAAGAUAUCAGCGUUUGGCGUAAACAACGAUCUACAAAAAACCGCAUCAAAAUGCACACUGCCAAUUUGCAGCGCUGGCAGAAUCAAAUAAAACGCGCAACAGUAAAGUUCUGUCUUCGAUACUUGCCUUUGUUUUUUGAAGAAAAAAAAUUCUAAAUGUGUUUGGAUUGCUUGUGCGGAGACGACAGAAUGAAUAACAAUUUCAGCAGCACUACCACCAACUGGGAUUCAAGUAACAACAACCCGACUGGAAUCAGUAGUGUGGUUUCAAAUCAGCCUUCAUAUGUUGAUGGCGGCAGCGGUGGAUUUGGCACUUCUCAAAUCGUUACAGACAGUAGACCUUCAUUUGGUGGCGGUGGAGGCUUCGGUUCUUCGCAAAUCACUACCGACAGUUCACUUGGCGGUGGGUUCGGAGGUGGAUUCGGAAGUAGCACGGUAACAACCACAACAACUGGAUUUGAUGGUGGUUUCAGCACUUCAUCUUCCGGAUUCGUUAGCAGCGGUGGAAUGGGUGUUGAUCAAUAUACAACUGAUAGCUCGGCUGGAGGAUUUGGAACUACGCAAUCUAACACCACUUCAUUUUAAUCGAAUCGAAUAACAAUUCAAAAAGUACAACAAAAUAAUAAUGCUUUGCAAAAUAGUAAAUUGGAAGAAAAAAACACACGAGAAAUUGAUAAAGAAUAAAAAUAAAAAAUGAGAACAAAUAUUUCAAACCAUUUCAAUUUUUUGUCCGAGUGAUUGAGUCAAGUUUUUUAUGAUCGUUAGACACGAGACGAAAUGGUGCAAAUGUACUCAGAACGCGUUAUCUUUUUUCCCGUGCUCAUUUUAACCAUUGUUCAUGGCAUUUGUCAUUAUUUUUCAUUGAGUGAUUGCAAAAUACUCCAUAAUUGACAAAAAAAAACUUACAUCAAGGUAUUGACAGCAAUACCUGUAGAAGAAUUGUAUAUUCGCUGAUUUAAUAUGGUUUGUGGCUUGUACAGUUUAUCAAUUCGGACUGAUAAACAAUCGCAGAUAAGUAUUGACUAUCGAUGGCUGCUACAAGAAUUUCCGAUUAGUAAUAAAAAAUCAAGUACUAAUCAGGUGGCCAUGCGAUAAGAUACGGUUGAUUUCUCACUCCUACCUACGAAUAGCUUACGCUUUGCACGCGAAUUCUUGUCAGAAUCAAUACAGAUUCGAAAUUGUACAGUUCAAGUGUUGAAGAGUGUUUUUUUUUUCUCUUGCAAUUUAAACGAACAAACAUGUUUUGCUGCUGCAGGCGAAAAUCAAAAACCAUACCAAUUACGAAUGAUGCAAUCCCGAUUCCAACAAAAGUACCGGGAACGUUUAUUCAAAAAGAGGUGAAUUUAUUUAAAAUUUCUUCGAAUUGAAAUGAAAAUUAAAAUUUUAAAUAAAUUUCAGCCGGUGUCGGAGCAACCAGUGUUACGACCGAUAAGACCAAAUAAUUUCAGCAAUGGACAUCUUGGUGAUUGGACUCCAGAUACUCCGUGUAAUACACCGAAUUAUCCUCAAAAUCCCCAAAUUAUCGUGAGCAAACCAAAUGGUCAGUUUGGUACAUCACAAAUCGCAAUCGAUAGCGAUAGCAAAGUGGGCACAGAGAAUCCAGAAAUAGGUAAAUUUUCUACGACUCAAAUCGUUGAUGAUAGUGCAUCGAAUGCCGACGUUCCAACACCGGUUGGUGAAAAGAUGGAAACGACGAUUACAUCAGCGGCAACCAGCUCUAAGGUGGAAAAUUACGACGAUAAAGAAGGAAAUAUUUCGUCUCAAACAAUCGUUGUGACAUCGACUGAGUCAACCAAAUCGGAAUUCCAUUCGGUGACGUCAUCAACGAACAAAGUGACCUUAUCGUCGUCAAGUGAAGAGCCAAUUGGUGAAAUUGUCAGCCAAAUUGUGAAUGAUUCGUUCAAUAAGAAUGCCGCGGCGAUUUCAGAAACAAAAACAUCUAGCGUUGUUACCACAUCGAUUUUUGAUAAGAAAACCGAUGAAAAGCACAUUGAAACCACUCAAAUUGAGAGCUUUCCACCCAUGUAUAUAGCCAUUUGCCCACCAAAGCCGUUGUCGCCAGAGGUGGUCGUUUGCCCCGUAAAGCUAGAGCCUGAAAUUGAAAAAUCACAAGAAGAAAAUGCAAAUGGUAAAGAAGAACGCCCACCCAGUACAUUUGAAGCGUUCAAAAAUUUCGUUGGUGGAAUAAUGACAUCGGCAGUCAACGCAAUUUCACCUCAAUCGGAAAAAACUGAACCGAAAUAUAAUAAUGAAGAAAGUAAAAUCGAUUCUUCGCUGACUAUCGUUGAUAGUAUCACUAAAUCGAAACCAAAGGAAGAUCAUCAAAUUGAAACAACACAAGUUGUUACAAAUAGUUCCGAUGAUAUUGGCUUGUCGAGUCCAGGGCUAGUCAAAGAACUUAUUUCGUCAAAAGUCGAGAUCAUUCCAUCGGGAUCGAAGGAUGAGAAUGAAUUGAUUUCCUCUUCAGUUACGAAAGAAAGUAGCGCAUUUGUUGAGUUGCCAAAUGGUUUCCAUAAAGAGGUGACAACCUCAACGGUUGAGGUGAUUUCAUCUCACCCAUCAUCCGAGUUCAAAACUUAUAGCCACGUUGUGUCAAGCGAAGUCACAACUAGUGGCCCAGUCAUUGUUGAGCUAUCCACUUUGGCAUAUGAUUCAAAAGCUAAUGACACAUCAUCCGAGCCAAAAGUAACCGAUUUUAAGAGCGCAUGUGAAGAAAGCCACACUGCAUCCAGUAGUUUAGAGACAACAACAAGCUCAACCUACCACGAAUUGUCGAGUACAUCAUAUGAAUCGGCAACUGAUCAUUUCAGCAGCUCACACGAGGUUAGCAGCACUCAUGAUCACGUUGACACUUAUGAUUCGUCCACUAACGAUACGCAUGACUAUAGCUCCUUUGAUGUCGACUAAUUUCAUUCGAUUUUCUUUAAUUUGGGCCGGAAUAUCACUUAUAAUCAACUGAAUAAAUAACACUUUUUUUCUUCAAAUGAUGAAUUUUGUUGCAAUGAUCAAUAAAAAUAUCUAAAAUGAAAAGAUUUUGGUUCAUUCAUUCCGAAAUGCAGUGUUUACACAGCCGCUCAAAUCCGACUUUUGGCGACAGUUUUGUUUCUUUUGCGGCAAAAUUUUUUCAAUGCUAUAAGUCGCAAAAUGGGCUCGUUGUCGCAUCUUCAAAAUCAAAAUCGGAUCUAAUCUGGCACAGACAAACCGAAUAGAUCGAUUGUACUGUGUUUGUUUUCUAUUAUUUGCAAACAUAUAGUUUUACUGAACAAACACAACCUCAAUGCGUCUAAUUAUUUGCGCACACACACAUGCACGCCCAUUGCACUGUGUGUCGGUAUCUUUCAGUCUCAAUAUCAUUGACUAAUUGUACGGAUUCCAGCAAAUAACAAAGCACUCAAAUACUAGGCUAUGUCAACACAAAUAUGAUUCAAAUAUUGUUAAUAGUCGUCAUCCUUUUCGCAUGCAUUGUACCCAGUAAUCGUUGUCAUCAAUUGUUGUCGGCAGUUUUUUUUUCUUCUUCUUCUCUCUGUUUUUUUCUUUGCUUCAAUUUCUUCUUUGAAAUUCUCUUUGCCAUUUAAAACCAUGUGACAAGUUUUUUAGGUUCCAUUUUACAAAAGAUUAAAUACACGCACAAAAGGAGAGUACAUUUUUUGUGUGAGUUGAGCAAGAUUCAACCAAUUAUUUUUGGAUUGUUUAUUACAGACUAAGGUUUAUUAUUCCAUUGACUCUCUUCGUUGAUUUCGAAUGAAAUGAUGAAAAUAUGAACAACAACUACGAAAAAACACAAUUUUUUUUCAUAUGCUUUACGCAAUCAGUUCAUAAAUUCAAUUUUUCAGUCUUUAUUACACAUUCUCCCUUAUCACCAUCUUAGAUUUGAAUCAAACAAGUAUUGAAUUAUCUCAUCCGCAGUGUUUGUGUGUGCUGUGCUCAAAAUGUGAAUUAAAAAGUUGUAACCAUUCGACAAUUGCCGGUCACAUUUGAAGAUUUAUGAACAUUAUAUUACAACGUUUGUUUGCUACAAAAGCAGUUUACGGCAAAGGUGGGUGUGGAGCAAAGGAUUUUCAGUGGAUUACUGCCCGACAAAAAAUACCAUGAGAUUAUCCCUUCAAAUAUGAAAUAAUAACCAGUAAAUGAAUAUGAUCGAGCAGAUUAUUAUAGUUUAGUAACCUAGACUGAAACAAACGCUGAAAGAAAGUUAAAAAAUGUCGCAGACAAAAAAUGGAGUGAAAAAGAUACAAAAAAAAGACACACAGGACCUCGUGAUCGGUGACACAUCAAACGGAUUCUUAUUUCAUUCGCUUUAUUUCAACUGAUUUAUUUUAUAUCAAAUUGUAAACAUUUUUAAUGGAAAUUGUUUGGUAAAAAACGAUUCUGCAUUUUUACCGUCGUAAGAAGAAAUUUUUAAUUUUUGACUGAAUGCAUAAAAAACCUUUGAAUGUUCUUCGUUUUGUCGGGAUGUAUCUUGAUGAGCGAAAAUCUUUGCUGUGUCGUUCUGCAAGUUACAAAGCACCGCCCACAAACAAAAGAUUAUUCAUCAGCCAUGGUCGAGUCGACUUACAAUCUUUUGUUGUUUUUUCCUUAAUGAGAGAUAGUUGGUGAUAAAAUUGCAGCAUAAAGAAAAGAGUUGACCAAGUAUUCGUCGGGGUCGUUCAACAGGUCACUUAUCGAUUGUUUACCUUUGAAAUAUGUCUCUAUUGUUCCUAAUGAAUUAUAAUCUCUCAGAUUAAUGACAAUUUUCUAUCUAAUACUAUCCACAUUCGAAUGUUCGAAGCAUAAUCGGAUUUCAGAACGGUGAUGUGUUUGGCCUAGAUCUUGGCGACAUUUUACUUUAACCGUCUGGCCAAAAACAAAGAAUGAACGUAAGUUGUUAUUCACAUCGUACAUGGUUACAAAGAUCAUCGACAAUAUUUGUAAACGAUGAAUGAAUUUGGUUUUUCAUUCAAAUUUCCAUUCAUUUCAAUGGUCAAAGAAUCAAUGGCCGGUUUCAAUGCGGUGAUCAGAUUUAAGGAUAUUCACAUAUUACCAUAGAAAAUUAGUAACUAAAUGCAGAAAAGUAUUUUGCGGGAUCAUUUUCGAGAAUAAUGAACAUUUUUUUUAUCGACAUUCAAACGAUCUUUGGUACUGGUUUUGUUAUGAAGCUCUUGUACUAUCUACAAAAAAAUCUGUAAAAUCUAAUAUAAUGAAAAAAUGUUCAGAAUGUAAAUAUGACGAAGGAAUUUGUCCUCCUAGUGUUCAUUUUACUGGAAAAAAAAAUAGUCGAAAACCUCUAACGACCAUUUACUAGGGUUUAAAAACGCGUUAUUUUUUUCAGUGUUUCUUAAAAACGUUUUUUUACAGAGCCGUUAUAUACCGCCCAAAAAACGUUUUUUUCGUUUUUUAUCGUUAUUUCUGCGGUAUUUUGGACUGUCAAAAAAAACACUACAGAAAAAUAACGUUUUUAUAACACCGUUUGCGGUAUUUGUCGAAACGUUUGUAAACCCUACCAUUUACCAUAGCUAAAGUUUCGGUCAUAAAAACUAAAACUCGAUUUGUUGAAUCAACAGGAGCAUCAAUCUACUUUAGUCUCGUUAAAAGGUAUUUUCAUCUCCAUGAAUCAUGGACCAUGAUCUUGAUCCAGUUGGAAAGUUCCUUUUUGUAAAUAUUCCAGUUUUACCACGCAAAUUGAUUGAAACUAAAGAUUUUUUUUUCAUAUAAAUUUUUGCAACAAACCGAUUUUCAAUACACAUUCAAUCAAUACGCAUACAGGAUUGCUUUGGGUUCUGAGAAUAAGAGCUGUGUUUAGCAUUUCCUUUUCGAUGUGCUUAUCCAAAAAUGUAUCUCUGCAUUAGUGCACGAAUCGCGAUUUAGCAUCGCUCACGGUCAAGUAUACACUGUGGAUGGUUUGCUUUUUUCGUUUUGGGACGUCUUAAUAAAGGUGCAUAUCAUUCUGUUGUCUAUAAAGGAGUCCAUGCCCAUAAUCAUCUCACGAGAGAGUGAAGAAUAAAUGAUACACGUAAUAAUUGUUACGUUUAUUCCACAUUUAUGUUCGUUUAUUUUCGCGCUGAGAGUUUUGCUUGAAAUUGUUGAAGUACGCGACACGUUGCUAAUCAAAUGGCCAGGAAUAAUUUAAUCAGUAAAAUUGAUGGCGAGUUGGUAUGUGUGUGUGUGUGUGCGACACAGGUUCUCAUUCAACACGUGGUGAAUUAUUCCGAUGUAAAGGAAAAGCAAACGUUUUUUUUUCGUUUGCUUUGCACAAGAUAGACCGAAGCGAUUAAACAUACUUUUUGCUGUAUUUAAUACAAUACACAACCGAGUCUCCAUGGACUUCGCCAGCAAGGGAUCCGUCUAGCAAAUGCAUAUUCCAUAAUUAUAACAUUUUAAAUGUGCUGACAUAAUAACUCAACGAGAUCCAGAUCACACAUCGUGAGUCGACAUUAAAUACGACACAGAAAAAAAUAAAAAUACACGCGCGUUAAUUAAGAGAAAUCCGAAAACGUUGAACUAUAUUAUCGAAUGGUAUCAGCCGGUUAAAAUGGAAUCGACAAACAAGUCGCUUUUUGCAGCACCAUCACCACCAACAGCAGCAGCAACGUAAAUAAACGGAAAAAUGCAACAAAUGCCGAGAGAAUAUGCGCGACGACAGAACACGAAAAACCAAAA